GCAGAGCCUGUCACCCUGGGCGUGCCCAGCCAUCCUGGCACGCCGGCCGGCACCACCGAGGGAGACGGGCAGGAUUCCCAAAUCCUAGACACAACAGCCGGCGGAUCCCCCGUCCUCGAUGACGGUACAAACGAUGGAGGGCGGGAGGACGGGGCUGCGGGCGGGGCUGCCUCCUCAAGCCACGCUCACCGACCCUCUGGACUGCCCUGCCGCGGGAGAGGCGGAGCCAAACAGAGGAGGUCCCGGAGGUUUAGCCCGAGCAGAAGCCUCUGCGGAUCCCGGCCAUGAACCUCUGGUAAAUUCCUGGAAGGAAGGAGGAGCAGACUCGCCUGUUGCUCUCGGUGCUUCUGUUGGUGCCUCUUUAUCGAGCUGCUCUUCCGGGAGAGACACGGCACGGCCCAAGUCCCUGGAUCCGAGAGCCUGCCAAGAAGGCGUUUCGAAGCACUUGCACCCAAGCCUCACGCAAGCCUGGCUUGGUGGCCCUUCCCCAAACGACGACACAGCUUGUUGUUCUUCUCUCUCAGAAAUGGCAGCAGAGGAGAAGCCCCUGCAAGGGCUGCUGAAGUGCCUGAAGGAAUUGAUCGUCCAUCAGCCCCCUCACACAUCCCGCUGGAACCCCAGCAGCAGCUGGCAGCCAGCCCUGCGGCAGAAGAUGAGGGAAGGGGCCUGUGGGUCUCCCCUUGGCCAAGUUAAAAUUGAAGCCGUGGAUGAGGAGCUGCCUGCCCCUAGCCUGGAAAACACUGCUGCACAAGGAGGAUCCAGCCCUCCGGUUGCUCCCUCCUGUCGUGUUUCCACCUGCCAGACUGAAGGAGGCAGGAGAAGGAGCCGGUCAGAGGCAAAGGACAGGAACAUCUUUGCAGUGGUUAAAAUGGAAGAACCAUCUGAGGACCUUGUGCGAGACCUGAAGGAAGUCCCCGAGGAGGAGCGAGACCUGACACCUAGCCUCCCCGAAGGAUCCCUCUCUCAAAGCAGCCCAGAGACAGGGAUGGACCUGGGGAUGUGGGUCCCAUAUUCGGAGGCCUGGAGCCCAGUGACCAGUCCUCUCCAUGGGCUCCUGAACUGCCUGAAGGACAUCCCUGACCCAAGGCCUCAGGCCUCCCAAGCUGUGGCUGGAAAAAGAGGAGGAGGAGGAAAAGAGCGAAGGAAAGGAGGAAAGAGAGGAAGAUUAGACCCUCUUCCAGAGUGUUUUCUCCCUCGAGGGCCAGAGACCUUCCUUGGUGAAUCGCCCUGCCAAACACCCUCGCCUGUCUCCGGUGUGCGCCAGCAGCCACCGGGGUCCAGACACAGAAUGGCGGAAAUCCAAGGCGGGGACAUCACGAGAAGGACUCGGCACCCCCUUGCAAGGCCUGGAGAGGUGUCUGAAGGAGGUCCCCACUGGCGCCCACAGCCAGCCCUGUUCUCCGACCAUCAGCUCCUCCAUCGGCAGCUCCCCAGACAGGCUCCCCCGGCGGACCCCCGCGACCGGGAAGUGGGCGAAGAAGGAGGAAGGGCUCAGUCGGAACGGCACCCCUCUGCAGGGGCUGGAAAGGUGUCUGAAGGAGCUUCCCCCUGAGCUCGCCCAGCCAGCCCUCUUCGCCAGCCGUCAGCAGCUCCCCAGACAGGCUCCACAGGUGGACCCUGGAGGCAGGGAGGUGGAUGAGGAGGGAGGGAAG